CGCGGCCAUGACUUGAAUUAUAAGCCCUCGUGACCAGUUCUUCUAGUCUCUCCUAGUCUCCAGCGCAUUCUUGCCCGUUCUCACAUCUCUCACACCUCCCACAUCACUCGCAAACAUGCCCAAGGUCUCCGACGUCCCCCACCUCGGCAAGGCGAUCAAGGACGCGAUCGAGCGCGGCGCGCCCGACGUCGACCUCAACGAUCUGCCCAACCUCACCGACAUGAGCGCCGACAAGCUCACCGAGAACGUGCUCGCCAUCAACAGCGGGUGUGCGAACCCUCGGCAGAAGUUUGUGCUCGAGGCCCUCGUGCGCCACAUGCACGCGUUCGUCAAGGAGGUCGGGCUGACGCCUGAGGAGUGGAUGACCGGCCUCGAGUUCCUUACCAAGACCGGACAGAUGUGCUCAGACAUCCGGCAGGAGUUCAUCCUUCUCUCAGACGUGUUCGGCGUCUCAGCGCUGGUUGACACGCUUAACCACCCCAAGCCCGAGGGCGCGACGGAGGCGACGGUGCUCGGGCCCUUCUGGGUCGAGGACGCGCGUGUCGUCGAGAACGGCGAAGCGAUCGCCGGCGAGGACAAGGGCGAGCCUAUGCUCGUCAAGGGCCGUAUCCUCGACACGGAGGGCAAGCCGAUCCCGAACUGCCUGAUCGAGACGUGGGAGACUGACGAGGACGGAUACUACGACACGCAGUACUCGGCCAACGGGUACGUCCAGGACUGCCGCGGGCGGCUCUACUCGGACAAGGACGGAAACUAUGCGUUCCGCUGCGUCAUGCCUGUGCCGUACCCGAUCCCCAACGACGGACCGGUCGGCAAGCUCCUGCGCUCCAUGAACCGGCACGUGUUCCGGCCCGCGCACUUGCACAUGAUGUUCGAGGCGGACGGGUUCGAGAAGCUCGUCACGGCGCUGUACUUCAAGGGGGACAUCUUCCUGUCUUCGGACGCCGUCUUUGGCGUCAAGAGCAGCCUCGUCGAGGACCCCAAGAAGGUUACGGACGCGGCCGAGGCGCGCAAGGCUGGGUUCAAGAAGGACGAGUUCUUCCUCUGCGAGCGCGACUUUGUGCUCAUCACCACGGAACAGGCCAAGGACGAGCUUGAGAAGGCAAAGGCUAAGGCCAAGGCAGAGGUCAAGGCUUAGGCAGCAGUGUAUCGUGUAUAGGAUUAUGCAGUUUGUGUACGACU